CAAAAAGAAAGUCGAGAAAAAAGGGAAAGGGAGCAAAGCACCAGCAGUGGUGGAUGCCUUGUCCCCGGAGGAGAUGAGUAAGGAGCAGCUGGAGAAGCACAUUGCGCGUCUCCGGGAGGAGCUGGACCGGGAACGGGAAGAGCGCAACUAUUUCCAGCUGGAGCGUGACAAGAUUCACACCUUCUGGGAGAUCACCCGCCGGCAGCUGGAGGAGAAGAGAGCAGAGCUGCGGAACAAGGACCGGGAGAUGGAGGAGGCGGAGGAGCGGCAUCAAGUGGAGAUCAAGGUUUACAAGCAGAAGGUGAAGCACUUGUUGUACGAACAUCAGGAAAACCUCACCGAGCUGAAGGCAGAGGGCACCCUGUCCAUGAAGCGGGCCCAGAAGGAUCACUGGGCCCAGGAGAUGGAGCUACAUAAAGACAUGCGCUCCUUGAAAGUGGAGCUGAAGGAACAGGAGCUGGCCAACGAGGUGGUGGUGAAAAACAUGCGCCUGAAACAAGAGGAGGAGAUCACCCGGCUGUGCAACGACUUCGAGAGACAAGUGAAAGAGAUCGAGGCCAAGUACACCAAGAAGAUGCAAGUGCUGCGGGACGAGCUUGAUUUGCGGAGGAAGACGGAGAUCCACGAGGUGGAGGAGAGGAAGAACAGCCAGAUCAGCGAGCUGAUGAGGAACCACGAGAAGGCCUUCAAUGACAUCAAGAACUACUACAACGAUAUCACCCUCAAAAACCUGGCGCUCAUCAGCUUGCUGAAGGAGCAGAUGGAGGAGAUGAAGAAGAGAGAGAAUCACUUGGAAAAGGAGAAGGCGGAUGUGCUGCUCCAGAACAAGCAGCUGAAGGAGCCCCUGCAGCAGGCCCAGGAGCAGGUGUCUGAGCUGCAGAAGAAGUUGGCCCACUAUGAGAAGGACAAGGAAGUCCUGACGAACACAAAAGCCCGUCUGAAAGUCACCCAGAAGGAACUGAAGGAUCUUCAGUGGGAACAUGAAGUGCUGGAGCAGAGGUUCAGUAAGGUGCAGGCGGAGCGAGAUGAGCUCUAUCAGAAGUUCACCAAAGCCAUUAACGAGGUGCAGCAGAAGACGGGCUUCAAGAACCUGCUCCUGGAGCGCAAGCUGAAAGGACUCCUCAGUGUCCUGGAGAAAAAGGAGGUGGAGCUCAGUGAGGUCUUCGCAGCGUCCAACCUCGACCCGGGCGCCCUCUCCUUGGUCUCGCACAAGCUGGAG